UUUAACAAGUACAAGAGGAAAGGAGAUUCACAAAUUAUUCUUAGGAGGAGAAUCUAUUCUCUCUCUUUGUCAUAACAGCCGUAGCAUCUUUCGUCAACAACUCUUUCCUUCCCAGAGUUCACAGGGAUUUGAAGCGUAAAUAAGAUCUUAUUAAGAUAUAGUUUGGGGGUUGUAGAUAUUGCUACCCGUUUUGUUUAAACAUGGUGAUGGUAGAGUCGAUUGCAACAACUUCACUUCUUGGUCACCGCCCUUUAUGUGGAAGAUUUUCCGCUAGGGAUGUCUCCUGCAAACAGAAAUCUUUGAGUAACUUCCUGUCUCCUUUCAAAGAAUUUAUUGGCAAAACGAUUGUUGUUCCUCCUUCGCCAAGAUUGAGAGUGGAAAGGUUAGUUAAUUCAUCCAUCAAGGCGCUUGCAAUGGAGCUGACAAAAGAGGUUUAUGCAUAUGAAGGAAAAGCACCAAGAAACUGGAGUUAUCUACUUGAUACUAGUGUAGAGCAAAAGCCUCGCUUAUGGUUGCCGGAGAACAGAGCUGAUAAUCCUUCUUUACACAAUCCCUUGCUUCGACAAGAAAGGAUGGGCUGUGGUUGGUUAGGCGCUUUAUUUGAAUGGGAAGGAGUUAUAAUUGAAGAUAAUCCUCAGCUUGAGAAGCAAGCCUGGCUGGCUCUUGCUGAGGAAGAGGGAAAAUCUCCUCCCCCUGCCUUUAUCCUCAGAAGAAUAGAAGGGAUGAAAAAUGAGCAAGCAAUUUCUGAAGUUUUGUGCUGGUCAAGAGAUCCAGCACAAUUGAGAAGAAUGGCUGCAAGGAGGGAAGAAGUUUACCAAGCUCUGCAAGGUGGGAUAUAUAGAUUACGUAAUGGUUCCCAAGAGUUUCUAAAUGCCUUGACACGUUACAAGAUACCAAUGGCAUUGGUAUCUACCCGGCCAAGAAAAGUUCUUGAGACUGCCAUUCGAGCCAUUGGGAUGGAAGGGUUCUUCAGCGUCAUUGUUGCUGCAGAAGAUGUUUACCGGGGAAAACCAGAUCCUGAAAUGUUUGUUUAUGCUGCACAGCUUCUGAAAUUUAUACCUGAGCGCUGCGUUGUGUUUGGGAACUCUAAUCAGACAGUUGAAGCUGCUCAUGAUGCAUGGAUGAAGUGUGUGACGAUUGCUAGCAAGCAUCCAGUAUAUGAGCUUGGGGCUGCAGACUUGGUGGUGAACCAUUUAGAUGAGCUCUCAAUUGUUGAUCUGAAGAACCUUGCUGAUAUAGAGUCGGCUGAAUUUGGUUCCAGGGAGCCUGAGUCAGAGUUGGAGAUAGAGGAAGAAGAGUCUCGGCCAUCUACCUCAAUAGCAAUAGAUGAUAUUUUCUGGUGAUUACGGUCAAGCUUGAGUUGCAUCAAUAGCCUGGGUUUGAGAUAGCCGCUCCUUCCUACCUCUAUGAUAAUUGCUGAAAUAAAUGAUUGACUUGCGAUCAGUUUUAUAUUUAAUACUAAAAUAGCUUUUUUUUUUCUUAUAGCUUUUAAUAUUUAACUAGUAUUCCCGAAUAGUUACUGAAUAUAAAUCGAGUUGGGUUUUAGCAAGGUUGUAACUGCCAACGAUCUCGAAGGCUUAUUCUUGCAUUUAUCUCUCCGUGGUGUCUAUUGGUAGUAAUUUAUGUUACAGGAAUCUCGUAUAAAUUUGCAAAUAGAAUUUAUGUUUAUGAGAAAUCAAAGUUAUCUAUAAGAAAAUUAAAUUGAGAAGAUUUUGAGUU